CAAAAGUUUCCCCAGAGCUAACAUUCUUUUUGUAAUAUGUUCUUUCUAGAUAUAGAGACCUGAAGUAGCCUUUCCUGGCUGAAGAUGGAAAACAGUACCACCACCAUUUCUCGGGAGGAGCUUGAAGAGCUACAGGAAGCGUUUAAUAAAAUAGACAUUGACAACAGUGGGUAUGUUAGUGACUAUGAACUUCAGGACCUGUUCAAGGAGGCAAGUCUUCCUCUUCCUGGGUACAAGGUGCGCGAGAUCGUGGAGAAGAUUUUAGUAGUCGCUGACAACAACAAAGAUGGCAAAAUCAGUUUUGAGGAGUUUGUGUCACUAAUGCAAGAAUUAAAAAGCAAAGAUAUCAGCAAGACAUUCCGAAAAAUCAUUAACAAAAGGGAAGGGAUUACCGCUAUUGGGGGAACAUCCUCCAUCUCCAGUGAGGGGACGCAGCAUUCUUACGCAGAGGAAGAAAAAGUGGCUUUUGUGAACUGGAUAAACAAAGCUCUAGAGAAUGACCCAGACUGUAGCCACCUUCUCCCCAUGAACCCCAACGAUGGCAGCCUCUUCAAAUCGCUCGCCGAUGGCAUCCUUCUCUGCAAAAUGAUCAACUUAUCGGAACCAGAUACGAUCGAUGAAAGGGCCAUUAAUAAGAAGAAGCUCACUCCUUUCACCAUUUCUGAAAAUCUGAACCUCGCCCUGAAUUCGGCCUCAGCCAUCGGUUGCACCGUGGUCAACAUCGGCGCGCAGGAUCUCAAAGAGGGCAAGCCUCACCUGGUCCUGGGGCUGCUCUGGCAGAUCAUCAAAGUUGGUCUGUUUGCUGAUAUUGAGAUUUCCCGGAACGAAGCCUUGAUCGCGCUGCUCAAGGAUGGCGAGGAGCUGGAAGAGCUCAUGAAGCUCUCUCCAGAAGAGCUGCUGCUGCGCUGGGUCAACUACCAUCUGACUAACGCGGGGUGGCGCACCAUCAACAACUUCAGCCAGGACAUCAAGGACUCAAAAGCCUACUUCCAUCUGCUUAAUCAGAUUGCUCCUAAAGGUGACUGUGAUGGUGGGUCCGCCAUUGCCAUUGAUCUUUCAGGAUUUAACGAGAAAAACGACCUGAAGCGGGCAGGAUUCAUGCUUCAGGAAGCGGAUAAGCUUGGCUGCAGACAAUUUGUUACUCCUGCAGAUGUGGUUUCAGGAAACCCUAAGCUAAAUUUAGCCUUUGUAGCGAAUCUUUUUAACACGUACCCAUGCCUGCACAAGCCUGAUAACAAUGACAUUGAUAUCAAUUUACUGGAAGGGGAGAGCAAGGAAGAGAGGACGUUCCGGAACUGGAUGAAUUCACUGGGGGUCCACCCGUACAUCAACCAUUUGUACAGCGACCUUGCGGAUGCGUUGGUGAUCUUUCAGCUCUAUGAGAUGAUCCGAGUGCCAGUCAACUGGAGCCAUGUCAACAAGCCUCCUUACCCUGCCCUUGGCGGGAACAUGAAGAAGAUUGAAAACUGCAACUAUGCAGUAGACCUUGGGAAGAGUGAGGCCAAAUUCUCUUUGGUUGGCAUCGCUGGGCAGGACUUAAAUGAAGGGAACGCAACACUUACCCUGGCGCUGGUGUGGCAGCUGAUGAGAAGAUACACACUGAAUGUAUUAUCAGAUCUUGGAGAAGGUGAAAAAGUCAAUGACGAUGUGAUUAUUAAAUGGGUCAAUCAGACUCUUAAAAGUGCAAACAAAAGCACCUCUAUUUCCAGCUUCAAGGAUAAAUCUAUUAGCACGAGUUUGCCUGUCUUAGAUUUAAUAGAUGCCAUUGCACCAAAUGCAGUUCGUCCAGAAAUGAUCAAGAGAGAAAACUUGACUGAUGAGGACAAACUGAACAAUGCUAAAUACGCCAUUUCAGUUGCUCGGAAGAUUGGUGCCCGGAUAUAUGCCUUACCUGAUGACCUUGUUGAAGUAAAACCCAAGAUGGUUAUGACAGUGUUUGCCUGCCUAAUGGGAAAAGGACUGAACAGAAUAAAAUAAAUGAAAAUUCACUAUGGUCUGCCACAUUAUACACAUCGAAUGCCUCAGUUUACAGAAUUUUGAAAUGUAGUGGGUAUAAAAUCAGAAUAUCUGUAUUCUCAAAAUAGUUCUGUAAUGAGUAAUAUCCUGUCCAUACUAAUUAGAAUUUGUCAGUCUUUUUGGAUAACACAAUUACUUUAACAAUCAAUACCAAUACAAGAAUGUCUCAUCAGACUGCUAUUUCAUAAUUAAGUUACUUUAUUUCCUAAAAGUCUUACCAAAAGAAGACUAAUCAUUCUUUUUCAUGGCUCAAAAAAGACCUGUGUAAAGUUUUGUCAGUUCCUCCUAUUAAAU